AUGGCUUCCCGCGGCGGAGAGGUUGCCAUUGAGCUUCCCACACUCAUUCGAGUCUACAAAGACGGCACCAUCCAGAGAUUAGUAGACCCGCCAUACAUCCCCCCGUCGUCUGUCCCGGACAAGGACACCGGCGUCUCCUCCAAAGACGUAGUCAUCUCCUCAAAUGUCUCCGCCAGGCUCUACCUCCCACAAGCCGCCGGCACCCGGAAGCUCCCUGUCUUGGUCUACUAUCACGGUGGUGGCUUCUUAAUUGAGUCCGCCUUCUCCGCUGUCCACCACCCCGUCCUCAACCGCCUGGCAGCCGCUUGUGGCGCUCUCACCGUCUCCGUUGAGUACCGGAAAGCACCGGAGCACCUCCUCCCGGCAGCGUAUGACGACUGCUGGGAAGCUCUCCGGUGGGUCACGGAACCAACCCAGAGAGACCCUUGGCUGGCCGAGCAUGGCGACUUUGGUCGGGUUUUCGUUGGUGGAGACAGCUCCGGCGGCAACAUUGUCCACAACAUCGUGAUGCGCGUCGGCAGGGAGGGACUCCCUGGCGAACUGACCCUCGUCGGAGCUUUCCUCACCCACCCGUACUUCUUCGGGUCGGAGCCAAUCGGGUCGGAACCCAAACAUGGUUUCGAACAGACACUACAUUACCGAUGCUGGAACUUUGUGUACCCAGAUGCGCCGGGUGGCAUCAACAACCCGAUGAUAAGUCCGAUGGCAGCCGGUGCGCCAAGCCUAGUGACGUUGGGCUGCCGGCGGCUAUUUGUGGGUGUUGCCGGGGAGGACGAGAUUAGGGACAGGGGAGUGUGGUACUACGAGGCGGUGAAGGAUAGUGGAUGGGAAGGCGAGAUCGAGCUGUUCGAGAUAGAAGGAGAGGGGCAUGCACAUCAAGUUCUAAGGCCCAUACUGAUAAUGCCAAGAAGAUGA